AUGGAAGAAUUCGUAUAUCCUGCGUCUGUUACGAAGGCCGACGAACGUGUGCUGGAUAAUUUAUCAACAACAUCCUCUUCUACGGAGGCCGACGAACGUGUGGUAGAUAAUUCAUCAAUAAUGCCCUCUUCUACGGAGGCCGACAAACGUGUGGUAGAUAAUUCAUCAAUAGUAACCUCUUCUACGGAGGCCGACGAACGUGUGCUGGAUAAUUCAUCAACAACACCCUCUUCUACGGAGGCCGACGAACGUGUGGUAGAUAAUUCAUCAAUAGUAACCUCUUCUACGGAGGCCGAUGAACGUGUGCUGAAUAAUUCAUCAAUACUAACCUCUUCCACGGAGGCCGAUGAACGUGUGCUGAAUAAUUCAUCAAUACUAACCUCUUCCACGGAGGCCGAUGAACGUGUGCUGAAUAAUUCAUCAACAAUGUCUUCUUCUACGGAGGCCGAUGAACGUGUGCUGUUUAAUUCAUCAUCAAUGACCUCGUCUGAAUCAUUAGUCUCAACAUCGAUGCGGCCUGUAUCACCAACAUGGGCGCCAUUGAAUAUUCCGUUAUCUCGUCGUCGUGAAACAUUAACCGUUUUUGUUUGGUUCAUCUUGCCAUGGAGUUGUCUGUCGUUAUCCGUUUACCUAUUACGGACAGAUAGCUGGUAUGUGUUUUCUGCUAUCGUAUUAUAUCUGUCGUGGAUGAUGUUUUUUCAAGAUUAUCCUCGUCAUGGUGGUUUCAAACAGCAAUGGUUACGUCGUCUGGUCUGGUGGCAUUGGUUUCGAGAUUAUUUUCCCAUUCGAUUACAUAAAACAUGUGAUUUACCGGCUGACAGACCCUAUAUUUUUGGUUAUCAUCCACAUGGUAUCAUUUCACUAGGAGCAUUCUGUAAUUUCGCAACAGAAGCGACGGAUUUUGAACACAAAUUUCCAAAUAUCAAUUUGAGACUUUUGACACUAAAAGCCAAUUUUCGUUUUCCGUUCUAUGGUUUUUAUUUAGCGGCCUUGGGGUUGUGUGAUGCAUCGAAAGAAUCGUGCAAUCUUAUUUUGGGAAAAGGUAACGGUAACAGUAUCAUGUUAGUGUUAGGUGGUGCCAAAGAGAGUUUAGAUGCCCGACCUUCCGAUGAAUAUUUUCUCACGUUGAAAAAUCGUAAAGGCUUUGUAAAAAUUGCUCUUCAGAACGGUGCUGCAUUGGUACCCGUCUUUUCAUUUGGUGAAAAUGAUCUAUAUGAUCAAGUAUGGAAUCCAAGAGGAUCAAAAUUGAGACAUUUUCAACUACAAAUACAACAGCGAAUUGGUUGGGCGACACCGUUGUUUCGUGGACGAGGUGUGUUUCAGUAUGCUGUUGGUUUUCUACCCAAACGUCGAGAAAUUGAUACGUACGUUGGUUCACCAAUUUUACUACCAAAACUAGAUAAAAACGAGAUAACACCAGAAAUUAUUGAUAAAUAUCAUCAGCAGUAUAUGAAGGAACUUGAGGAAUUAUUCGAUACAUACAAGGGAAAACAUGGUAAAGAAAAUGCGAAACUCAGAUUUGUUAAUGAUAAAGAAUAA